GCGAAUUCGUAGAGCGUAGGCGCUACUCGGAGUAUAAGGACGGUAGAAGUACUCAGAGUGUUGUUUUCCGCAACGAACACAGACAGAACAGACAUGGGUGGGAGGUUACUAUGUUUAGCGCCAGUGGUGCUGCUCGCUUUCUUGCAAGUUGGCGUUGAUGCUCAGCGCUACUACAACUACUACCCGCGCAGCUACUAUGGCCGCAACCUGUACGAGCACGGGCGCUCUAUCUCCGACAACCAGGUGUCAUGCGGCCCGCACACCUGCGGCGUUGGUGCCCACUGCACUCACGGCAGCGUGCGGCCCGUCUGCGCCUGCCUGCCCGGCUACUCUGGCGAUCCUCUCUCACAGUGCAUCAGGAUUGAGUGUGUUGACAACAGCGAAUGCCGAAGCACCCAGACCUGCGUGAACCAGCACUGCGUCAACCCGUGUGACGGCACCUGCGGCGUCAAUGCCAACUGUGAUGUUCGCAACCAUAUCCCGGUAUGUUCCUGCCCAGCUGGAUACACCGGCAAUCCUUUCUCAGCCUGCAGAAUCGCUGAUCCAGAGGAAGCUUGCCAUCCAUCUCCCUGUGGCCCCAACACCAAGUGCCACGUCGCUAACAACCAAGCUAUCUGCACCUGCCUGCCUGGAUACAGAGGUAGUCCUCUAACCGGCUGUCGUCACGAGUGCGAGUCUGACGGCGAGUGCGGCGCGCAGCAGUCGUGUCGAGAUUUCAAGUGCAUCAGCCCCUGCAGCGAUUGCGGAGUCAAUGCUGACUGCGAGACCGUCGCUGCCCAUCGCGCUGUCUGCAAGUGCCCGAGGGGUUACUUUGGCGAUCCCUACCGCAUCUGCAGCCCUGAAUGUUCGUCCGACGGCGAGUGCCCGAGCUACAAGCCCGCGUGUGUCUACAAUGCCUGCAUCAACCCUUGCACUAACGCUUGCGGUGUCAACGCCGACUGCAACCUUCGUGGACUGACCCCUGUCUGCUCUUGCCCUAGGAACAUGACUGGAGAUCCCUUCACAUACUGCAGACCUUUCGAAGCCCGUGACCUGUGUGAGCCGAACCCUUGCGGAACCAACGCUAAAUGCACCCCCGGACACGACCGCACUGGUGCUGAAAGACCCGUGUGCACCUGCCCUUCAGGGUACAUCGGCAAUGCUCUGGUCAACUGUGAUAGAGGUGAAUGCGAGUUAGAUUCUCAGUGCCCGGACCACCUGGCGUGCGUGGGUUACCAGUGUGUCGACCCCUGCCUUGGCAACACGCAGUGCGGUUCCGGUGCCGUCUGUAUGGGCAGGAGGCACAUCGCUGUAUGCACCUGUCCCAACGGUCGUAACGGUGACGCUCUUGUGAACUGCUACGAGUCUCGGUCAGUGGCGGCUACCACCCGCUACUACAGAUACAAGAGGAAUGGCGAUGGCACUGCUGCCGAUAAGGACAAAGAUACUUCCACUGAUAAAGAGGUCGUUCCCGAGCCAGACACCCUGCCAGAAGCUCCCCUCGCCGUCGCUACGGAAACCAAAGCUGAACCCGAAACCCAAACGGAAAAGAAAGAAUAAACACCACCCGGCAUAUUGUAACAUAAAAAAAUAAGAAAAUAUAAAAAAAACUUGUUUUAAAUGGCAGUGAAAAGAAUUACGCUUGAUCUAAUGGUUAUAAACAUAUAGAAUUGUUUACGAUCGCGUAAAAUUAAAAUCUUUAUAAUCUCUUGCCUUGUCUUGUCUGUCUGUGAAUUUUAAAUUUGCAAACUUAUAACGAAUGACGAUUUUUAAAUGGCGACUAGCAAUGUGUUCUUACUUAUUCAAAAUACUUAAAUAAAAUAUUUCGACAUAGCCAGGUACUGCUUGGGUACCGCUAAUUACUUAAUGACCUAUUUAUAAGUUUAAAAUAAUUAUGCUGCCAUUCACUUUGAUGUUAACUAUGAAUAAAGUUGUUAAAAGAUAUCGUGUGCCAUAACAUUUAUGGAAAUAACAUGUAAGGUUGUAAGUACCUCAUUCUAAUAAACAUUUUUGAAUUUAAAA